AUGUCCACGUCUCAGGGUGUCAAUGUACUCCGGUAUUCAGCUCUUAUCGCUGGCAUAUUUUACGGAUUCACACACCAAAGGGCGAUCACGGCAAGUAACGCAGCUGCCCAUGCCCAAGCGGAAUACCAACACAAGCUUGAUUUAAUACAAAAGGCCAAACUGGAAUGGGCUAAGAAGACGUUACCCCCCCAGUCGAAGACAGCAAGUGGUGACAGUAUGUGA